AUAUAGCUUUAUAUAAAGCAUGGCAUAUUUGCUGAAGUAACAAACACAUUUGGUUUAUUUCUCUCCCAAGCACAACUUAUCUGAGGAACUUGAUAAUUUGGUGGAAGAAAAGGAAAAAUUCAUCUAUUAAAAACAAAUGAGAGUUUCAAUGGCUCCCUCUAUUAGAGUUACUGUAAUCUUCGCUUUUCUGUGGUUGCUAACCUGGGCCUCGAAAGAGUGUGAAGCUUCGACUAAAAUUGUAUUUCCUCCUUCUGACAAUAAAUCUUUUCCACGCUUGGUGAUGGUCGGGACGUUACCCACGCUCCGCGAAUUCACAUUAUGUUAUUGGUUCAAAGUUCAUCGCUUGGACAGAAGACUUCACAUAUUUUCGUAUGCACACGAAUCACAAGCCAAUGAAAUUGUUUCUUUCAUAGACGACGAGGUUGUUGGUAUAGCUGUAAGUGAUGGAGCAAAUCUACAAGUUUCGUGUCCUUAUUAUCUAAGACCUGGAAAAUGGCACCACAUCUGUUAUUUCUGGUCUUCAUGGGAAGGUGAGGCUUCGCUAAUUAUCGAUAAUUUUGGUUGUCAUGGAAAUAAAACUGGCAUGGCCAAAGGAACCAAAAUUCGACCAAAAGGCGUAGUUGUUGUGGGACAAGACCAGGACAAACCAGGUGCUGGAUUUGUUGUAGAUGAUAGUUUUGAAGGAGAAGUGAGUGAGCUCCAUUUUUGGGAUUCGGCGCUGAGAAGUGAACAGGCAUUGCGCCUAUACAAGUUUGCAGACAAGUCGGAAGAACAUCUUCAAGGAAAUCUGAUUCGAUGGGUAAAAACCCCUUUUCAUGUGUAUGAUGGUGUGAUAGUUUCUUCUAACGAAAAUUUUGAAUAAAUGUAGUUUGUUCCACUUUUAGACAAAAUGUCGUUAAUAACAUAUUCACAUCUGUUGAUGAAUUAUUCGUCAUGGUUUUCAUUCAGGAUAUGAGCAAGCUCGUAAUCGGGUAUGCUUAGGCUAUAAAUAAGAGUAAUGACCUGAACACUUGUAAUAAUGCCUAGCUUAUCUUCUUUUUCUACUAUCCAAAACGUUUGUGAAUCUGCCUAAGAUUAAGCGAAAUAAGAUCAUGUUUUACUUUAUAUGAGUUUCAUCCAAAGUAUUGCUUAACUAAUAUUUUUUUCGAUUUAUUUUUACUGCUGAAAUUUUCAUUUGUUUUUUAUUAAACAUAAAACUUCUCUAUGGGCUAUCUGUUCUAUGUCAACCGAAAGCUGAUUUUUAGCGUUGUAUGCUUUCAGAUUUACCGCUGAGCAACCGGAAGCAACUACUGAAGUAUUCCAUUAGAUUGUACAUAAUUUCUACAUUGACACUGAGCAGAAAAUUUUGGACAUGGCUACAAGAUUAUUUUAUACAUAUGCACAUCGAAUAUGUCAAAGGUUAUAUUCGUUCCAUUGGAAUUAAAUUAACAGGACUUGUUAAUAAGUUGUACUAUAAUACAAAUUUACUUGGGUUUUAAAACUGUAUAGAUACGUACGAGCUAUAAUUUCUAAGGCAAAAGUUCAUAAAGCAAAAAGUACUAUGUUCUGAAAAGAAUCUAUUUAAUUGGUUUGUUAGAUUUUUAAGUAAGAAGCAGAAGUAGUUCAGACACACAGAAAGAAUCAGGGAUAAGACUUUCAAGACGGCUUAUAUUCCUUGCAAUCAGGGACAUUCUUCUAGUUGCUUAUCAAUGCUUAUCUCAAACUAGAAAUGAAAUUUCCUGUUUGUUUUAAUGUUCUAUACUAAAACCUUGUGAAAUGGGAAAAAAACAUAUCAGUAUUUAGUUAUUGCCAAAACAUGCCACAACAAUGUAUACAACCUUAAUAGAUCUUCAUACGUACAUAAGUGAGUCUAUUCAUGCAAGUUUUCGGUUACUUGUUUAGAGAAUUAGGAUAAUAAACUUAAUUAUAGUAAUUCACCUGAGAAUGGGUUGUUCGCUCCACUUUUCGUAAAAUAAUCAACAGAGGAGAGAAAAGGUUUGUUUUGUUUGCUAUGUAAAGAACUGUUUAUUUUUGAAUAAAAUGUAAUUGCACCUUA